AUCUUCAGCUGUGCUUCAACUUCGACACCAAGAAAUUCAAGAUCUUCUCCGGCUCUGCAGAAAACCAGUUUGGUUACACGGUCCAGCAGCACGAGGCGGGAGGACACCAAUGGUUGCUGGUUGGAGCUCCCUUUGAAUCCACGGGGAAGCAGCAGACCGGGGACGUGUACAAAUGUCCUCUGGACACCAAGACCUCUGUGAACUGCUCCAGACUGCACCUGGGGAAGCUCUCUCUGGAUAACGUGUCGGAGAGGAAAGAGAAGAUGCGUCUGGGGAUGACUCUGACCUCUAACCCUAAAGACAGCAGCUUCGUGACCUGCGGUCCUCUCUGGUCUCAUGAAUGUGGAAGCUCUCUGUACAGCACCGGGAUCUGCUCCAGAGUCAGCCGCAUCUUCAGACUGUCCCACACCAUCGCCCCCGCCCUGCAGAGGUGUGAGACCUUCAUGGACAUCGUGAUUGUUCUGGAUGGUUCUAACUCCAUCUACCCGUGGUACGAGGUCCAGGACUUCCUGAUCAACAUCCUGCAGAAGUUCUACAUCGGCCCAGGUCAGACGCAGGUCGGUGUGAUCCAGUACGGCACCUCAGUGGUCCACGAGUUCGGUCUGGGAGAUUAUCAGACGGUGGAAGAGGUGGUGGAUGCCGCCAGGCGCAUCGACCAGCGAGGCGGCGAGGAGACGAGGACGGCGCUGGGUAUCGAUGUAGCACGCUCGCAGGCGUUCAAACGUGGAGGCCGACCCGGCGCUCAGAAGGUAAUGAUCGUGAUCACGGAUGGAGAGUCUCACGACAGUCCGGAGCUCUUUCAGGUCGUCUCCGACAGUGAGAGGGACAACGUCACCAUGUACGCCAUCGCUGUUUUAGGUUACUACAACCGACGAGGAAUCAACCCUGAAGCCUUCCUGAAGGAAAUCAAGUUCAUCGCCAGCGACCCCGACGAGAAGCACUUCUUCAACGUGACGGACGAGUCAGCGCUUAAAGACAUCGUGGACGCCUUAGGAGAGAGGAUCUUCUCUCUGGAAGGAACCAGCUCUCAGGGUCGAGGCUUCGGUCUGCAGAUGGCUCAGGCUGGAUUCUCCUCUCAUCUGGUCAGAGAUGGCGUUCUGCUCGGGGCGGUCGGCGCCUACGACUGGAACGGUGCCGUACUGAAGGAGACCAAACACGGGAAGGUCGUUCCUCCGAAAUCCUCUUACAAAGACGAGUUCCCCGAGGAGCUGAAGAACCACGCGGCCUACCUGGGAUACUCUGUGGGGUCCCUCAUCUCGGCCCGUGGCUCUCAGCUCUACGUGUCCGGAGCUCCGAGGUUCAACCACACCGGGAAGGUCAUCGUCUUCACCCUGAAGAACAACGGGAACCUGACCAUCCUGCAGGCGCUGCUGGGCGAGCAGCUCGGGUCGUAUUUCGGCAGUGAGUUGUUAUCGAUGGACGUGGACGAAGACGGACACACGGACGUCCUCCUGGUGGCGGCACCCAUGUACUACAGCCAGGGCUGGGAGAGAGGGAAGGUUUACCUCUACACUGUUACUCCACAGACUUCCUUCGUCCUGCAGGGGGCGCUGUUGGUGUCCGACCGCUCUCAGAACUCCAGGCUCGGUUCAGCUUUGGCGCAGAUCCCCGACAUGAACGGGGACGGGUUCAGGGAGCUGGUGGUGGGAGCGCCGCUGGAGGACGACCACCAGGGAGCGGUCUACGUGUUUUACGGUCAGGACAGAACGAUCCAGCGUCGGUUCAGACAGCGUCUGUCUGCAGCCGGGUUCUCUGCCGGUCUGAAGUACUUCGGUCAAAGUCUUCACGGCGUUUUGGACGUCAAUGGAGACGGGCUCGUUGACCUUGCAGUGGGAGCACAGGGAGCUGCUGUCAUCAUCUGGUCUCGAGGUGUGGUGCGGAUUCAGGCGAAGAUGACCUUUGAACCUGAGAAGGUCAACAUCUUUAACAAAGACUGCUGGCGAGGAGGGAAGGAGGUCACCUGCAUGUCCAUCAUCGUGUGUCUGAGUCUGGACUCCAUGACGAAGACCAAGACAAAGACCAGGGCGGAUGUUGCCGUGUGGUACAGUCUGGUGUUGGAUGAGAGGCGUUUUCCUCCUCGAGCUGUUCUGGACGAAUCAGUGAGACAGCAGCCCAGGAGUCUGUCUCUGCAGGCUGGAGCUCAGCGCUGCCAACGUCUGGGCUUCUCCAUCCAGGAGACAGCAGAUUACGGACGCCCCAUUGCUGUUGUGCUGGAGACAGGUCUGCAGACUCCAGACGAAGGACCUGUACUGGAUCCUGAUUGGCCGAGCACCUUGAGGGCAGAGCUUCCCUUCUGGAACGGUUGUGAGCAGGAGGAGACCUGCGUCCCCGACCUGACCCUGCACGGCCACACAGACCUCAUGGAUGUCCAGCAGUUCUGCAGCUCCAGGGAGAGGGCCACGUGGUCACUCUGCAGCCACCGGGGGGCGCCGUCGGACGACUCGGCGUACGUGGUGGAGAACGGGCGGAGGAGGAUGGUGGUGUUUGCUCGUCUGGAGAACCGGGGAGAGAACGCCUACGGAGCAUCCAUCAACAUCUCCACCUCCUCCAACCUCAUCUUCUCCAGCCUCAUCGUGAAGGACCAAUCAGAUAUCCAGAUCGAGUGCUACUCCGAGGACAGACUGGCCAGUCAGAGGAGCUGUAACAUCAGCGCCCCGUUCAUGAAGUCCUUAUCCCAGGUCUCUUUCCGUGUGGAGUUUGAGUUCAGCCGUUCUGUCUUCCUGGAUCACCUGAGGAUCGUCAUGGCGACCAGCAGUGAUGGAGAAGAGGGUUACCCAGACGACAACAUCAAUGACAUCUUCCUCCCUCUGAAGUACCAGACCGACCUCCUCUUCACCAGAGACCCUGACCCUCCUCGCUUUGAAAUCCGAGCAGACAGAUCUUCCUCCUCCUCCUCCUCCUCCUCCUCCUCCUCCUCCUCCUCCUCCUCUUCUUCGUUCAGGGACAAACCGGACAGCAGCUCCUCCACCUUUAACCUCACUUACUACAUCCAGAACCUGGGGAUCUUCUGGGUUCAGGACCUCGUGUUCAGAGCGGACGUCUGGGCCGUGACCUCUCAGGGCAGCCAGCUGGUGAACGUCACGGACUACAGCGUGGAGCAGGUCCAAGGGUCUCACUGUACGCUGCCACAGCAACCACGAGUCGGUCAGGUCUCUGCUGAGGACCUGACUCACCUGUCCCAGCUGAACGACAGUAACAGUGUGAGCGUGGCGGUGCAGUGCAGACUCAACCUGCCGCCGUCCAGAGAGCUGAAGGUGACGCUCCGAGGACAACUUCAACUUCCUGCUCUGCUGGCGGUGAGUCCAGAUUUUAUUCUUCCAGACCGGACUCAUCAAGAUCAAGACCGGAUCAGAUCCA